AAUACAAUGUACACCAUAGGUCUUCCUUUUUUAAAACUUUCCUUGCCAAUUAUAUUAUGUAGAAAAAUGAUUCAUUUAUUCAAUUAUGGAACUUAACAUUCAGCUAAAAAGUAAUCUUAUAAAAUAGAUAGAGACACGGAUGUAUGAUAUUGACUAGGAUGUAGGAGUGAAGUAUCUUAUAAACAGUGUAAAGUUCUAUUAACCUCAUGCAAACGUCAACGAAGCUGAAACAACAGUUCAACAUAGUAAUACACGCUUGUGUAAAUAUAUACAAUGUACAUGUUUAUAGGUUAUUUUCGCUAUGGAAAUUGGCAUACUAUUAUAAGUGCAAUUGCUAGAUUAUACUCUCUCGCAUUUUACAAUAUUUGUGUUCAGCGAUGAUGAAAUUUUCUUGAUAAUGUCAGAUCAAGUUUUAGAUUACGAUAAUUCGUACCUGAUAUAUGGAGGAGGAACCAGUUUUGUUAUUUAUUUUGUCUUGUUCCGGUUUGUCAGCCCCUUCAUCUCUAGACGUAUAACUAGUUCGUACAAGGACUUGCCGAAUUAUGAACAACAAGAGUGGAACGACAGGUUCAUAUCAAACAUCAAUGCUGUCAUAUCUGUUAUCUUCUCUGCAUACGUUUUGCUGCUAGAACCUGAGACAAGAACAGACAGGAUAUGGUUCGACAGUCCAACAGCAAGAACAGCAUGUGCCAUUAUUAUAGGUUAUAUGAUUGCAGAUUUAUUGUGUAUGUUUAUAUGGUGUAAGACGACAAAGGGGGAAAUGUUCGGCUAUAUAGUACAUCAUGCUGCAACUGUCUAUGCAUACUUCUACGUUGUCGUGUAUGGGAUAUUGUGCUAUCUUGCCAUGUUCAGACUAAUUGCUGAAGCAUCAACUGUUCCAGUUAACCAAAGAUGGUUUUUUGAUGUCAGUAAAACUCCAAGGUCAAGGACAAUUGUAGUUGUAAAUGGAUUUCUCAUGGUGUUAACUUUCUUCAUAUUUCGUAUUGCCGCAAUGCCAAUAUAUUGGUAUAAGAUAAUCAUGGUAAUACGAGCAGAGUCCGCGCUAACACUUGGACAUAUCCGACACACUGUGCUUAUACUAGGAUUCUGUUUGGACAGCCUUAACUUAUAUUGGUUCUAUAAAAUGUGUAAAGGUUUUGUGAAAGCCAUUAAGAACAAAUUUCAACAAGAGGCUUGUAACAGUGAAAAUAAAUCAAAGAUAUCUUGACAAUCGCUGAUUUAUUAAAAAUCUACAGCACAAUCGAUUAUCGGGUUGUAUUUUGUGAUACCCAAGAGGUUCGUUUUUUAUAUUCCAGGACCGCUUAGGUUAUGACUGUCAACGUCAAUAUUAGGCUGUCUGAUAUAACUGUUUAUUCUUUGUAAAUAAGAGUCUGAGAUAAAGUCAA